UCCAGCCUCCUCUCUACAGGCCGUGUUCUCCAUCUUUAUCUCAGCUCGGUUAACGGAGGACAACAAAGCGCGUUAACGCUGAGAGGUCUCCAGAUCAGCAUCUUUAGACAUUAGAGCCGUCACACGGAACCAUCGGACCAACAUCUAACGGCAGUGUUAAAGCUUGAAGGUCCAUCAGCUCUCCUGAUGAUACAGCAGCAUUAAGGCUUCCAUACUUCCUAAGGAUGGCUAGUUGUGGGGAGGUCGACCACUCCGUUAGCUCACUUCCAUCCAGUAAGAAAGGCGGCAACAGCGGUGGCGGAAGCGGGAACAGUGCAGACUCAUCCUGCUCCGGCUCCAGCAACUCAUCCCCGGCCCUGCCGGUACCGGAGUGUGCCAUCUGUCUGCAGAGCUGCGUCCACCCGGUCCAACUGCCGUGCCAUCACGUCUUCUGCUUCCUGUGUGUGAAGGGAGCAUCCUGGCAGAGCAAACGCUGCGCUCUCUGCAGACAGGAAGUACCGGACGACUUCCUGGAAAGGCCCACGCUUCUCUCUCCGGAGGAGCUCAAAGCGUCGGCUGGAGGUCGGGGCGGGGCAGCGAGUGAUCACGCCUGGUAUUACGAGGGCCGUAACGGUUGGUGGCAGUAUGAUGAGCGAACCAGCCGCGAGCUGGAGGACGCUUUCUCCAAGGGCAAGAAAACGGCUGAAAUGCUGAUUGCUGGUUUUUUGUAUGUAGCUGACUUGGAGAACAUGGUGCAGUACCGGCGCAAUGAGCACGGCCGUAGACGCAAGAUGAAGAGGGACGUUUUGGAUAUCCCCAAGAAGGGAGUGGCGGGACUGCGAUUUGACACAGAGGGUGUUACUGGGGUCGUUACUGGGGCAGUUACUGGGGCAGUUACUGGGGCCAUUGGGGCGGCCGGUCGAGAAAACUCUGCUGAUGGGGCUGAUACCACAGUAGCAGGUGUACAGCAGCAGCUUGCAGGUGUACAGCAGCAGGUGACAGGUGUACAGCAGCAGGUUACAGGUAUCCCCUCUACUGUUACAGCCCCUCCAGCCACUGCCAGACCUCCCACCUCCCUCGGUGGUCAGCCUGGCAGCAGCAGCAGCACCCCCACUCUGGAGGAUGCUCUCUCCCAGCUGCAAAUCAGCCCCAGGCCCACACCUCCUCACGAGCGGUCUGAGGCUGGGGAAGGAGAGGAAGAAGACGAGGAAGAGGAGGCCUCGCCCUCCAGGUCGUCUGACCCUCACACCUCUGUGGACGAGUCCGGCUCUGGAGACUGGAGCGACGAUGAGGAAGAGGAGGAGGAUGAAGAAGAGGAGGGGGGAGAUGGAGAGCGCGUGGAGCCCUGGGAGGACAGGCCACGGAGGCAAAGACUGAAUCCAGAGGACAGAUCCCCGCCUGGCGCAGAGUCCGCCUCUCCUCCUUCUUCAUCCAGUAGCAGCGGAAGGUCCAGAAUGCCUGACGGCCAGUGUACAGUGACUGAAGUGUGAAGUCAUGAAUAACGCCAUCAUCACCAAAUGGCCAUGUUCCAUUUCAUUAAUUUAUUCCUCGCUGUAUGCUGUCGUUCACUCUGUCACGGAUCGGUUAUGGGUGGACUGCUCGGCAAAAGAGAAAUUAAACAUAACAUACUCCAUGUUUUUAGGUAAACAACCAAAUUUGGUGUCUCUACUUGGCUCACAAUGAUCUGGCUGUAUCUGUCUGAUCUGUUUGUCAGCCUCAUCCAAUAUAUAGAGAAGUAGGAGUAAUAUGUGGCGUUCUAGUACUCAGCGUUCUAGUACUGAGACGGGAGGUACAGCUUGGUAAUGACUCAGAUGGAUACAGCAUGUUGUUGUGAGCCAUGAUAACAUCUCAUAACUGUCUAUCAUGUGAGCUAAACUUACUUAUUGCGGUGUUCAGCUGCCAUCAGUCUGCUCACUUUUCGCCAUUUGGUUGCAGCCUUAUCAAGUGUUCCUUCUAAAUUCCACAUAAGUGGAAGUUAAAAGGUAAAAAUACUUGACAUGCCACCCUGCUUCUGCCUGUCCUAAGUAGCCUCGUGUUGAAAUUGAUUACCCUGAAUAUACCCAGGGGGUUUCUGGGAGUCUCGGUCAGAUCUGUGACGUUCGAGGGAGAAAGCAUAAAUGGGGAUGUUACUCCUGGAAAUGGAACUGUGUCAUUAUCAUGAACCGCUGCAAUCUAAUCAUCUACACUUUAACUCUCUCAGCUAACAUAGCACGCAGAAAUGGGCUUGUUGGAGCUCAAGUCAUCUGACUACUCUUAAGAAGAAUUUAAUCCUUGUUAACUAGUUCCUACCUAAAGAUUUCCUUACUUCAGAUUUAACGGAUUAUAUAGACUUUCCUUCAGAAUUCAGAAUUUAACUGUUAACUUUUGGAAAUGUGUCGCUUCAGAGCUGAAUGUGGUUUGAAGAAAAUCCAGAUAAAGAAAGAAAACAGAGAAGUACUUCGUUAUUAAGCAGCGUGGGUAUUUAAAUGUGCUACAACACUGUAACUUAAGAGCCCACCGGAUCAUCUGGCUACCUGCUGAUGGUUCGUCUUUGAUUCGAUUUCAAUUAACCUACAGCUUCUAAAAUCUGUAUAGAUUGCAAACCCUGUUUUAAAUGAAUGUACAUUAUAGAAGUACAUAUCAAAAUGAUUUAAAUAAUUGGCAUUUUAACGUUUAAAGUAUCAGUGUUUUCAUUUUGAAGCUGCUGAGGCCUCUGCAGCCUCAUUAGUAUUCUGAUUGUCCCCGACUGAAGUAUUCUCAAUUGGUGUGUUUCUAAAGUUUUGUGAUUUGUGCAUGUUUGACGAGAGAGUUAUUUAAACACUACUGGUUGGCAGGAUGACGAUGAGAAUUGAUAUUUUUGGGUUGAGUUUGAGUAAAUGUUUUUAAUUUCUUCUGGUUGUAAAUCUGUAUGACGUCUGAGGCGGUAAGAGAACAAGAACACGCCGUCGCUAUCGGCCAUCCUGCAGAGAUUUCAACUUAUGUUGUUUUUAUAUUUCUUACAUGCUUAUUACAUCAUCAGUCUUAGACUUUCCAUUCUGAAGAAUAAAGUUUGUGUAACAGUUUUUGCUUGGCAACUUUUUUGUUACAUGGUCUGUAAUUUAAGAAUAAAUUGUGUCAUUUCAUCAUCCUAAAAAUUACAA